AUGACGAAUCCUGAUUUAUCCGAAAAUUGCACAGAACUCAAAAAAAUCUUUUCUUAUCAAUAUUUGAAUUUAGCCGAAGCCGAAAAUGGCAAUAUUUUAGAUAUUAUUGUUAUCAUGUCAUUACAUUAUCUCGGCACGUUACAUGCGUUAUGGAUCAUGCGUCAGCGUCAAGAAUUACGGUCAGGUCGAAAUAAUUGUUCGCUAGCAAGAUGCCGCACAAUGUCGCAAUUGUAG